AUGCCGUCGGAAAAGGAGCUGCAAAUCUCCCCCAUUGUGCAGGAGUCUGUUAUGCACAACACCAAGGCCCUCGCCAACCUCCAAUCCUUGACAGCCUCCCUCUUCGGUGUCGCAGCCGGCAUCCUCGGUCUCGAGUCUUAUGGCGGCUUCCUGUUCUACAUCGGCUUCACCCUCCUGACAGCCCUGCUCUUCUACGCCAUCCGCGUCGCCCCGGCCUCCUUGUCUGCAGGGAAGCCUGCCUUUGAUACGAGCCGUUACUUUCGCGGACAGCUGGAAUUAUGGACUAGUGGGCUAUCUGGAGGACUGGCUGGGUUUGUUCUGACGUGGACACUGUUCUACGGGUUGGUGAGGGCUUAG